CCCAGAGGCAAUCAGUCGUUAGUCGAAGCCUGAAGCGCACGCAGCACUCAGCGGAAGUCGUCGCCAGCUCAGUUUGAAGCGGUUUCGGUGGUUCAGACCGAGCCACAGUUCUCUUAACCGCCACCACCACCAGCACUAUCACCAUCACCACCUUUACCACCACCAAAACCGCAGCACUCUCGCGUGACUUGCUCCGCCCCGUGAAUGGAUGCUGCUCGAGGGCUGGAAAUGCCGCAGGAUUCGGUUAACGCGUUUAGUCGAGCGCCGUGCUUCGAGCGGUGAUGAGCCCCUUUUCUGUCAACGCAAAAGAUCUACAAAACAUCAUCGCCUAUCAAGUGGAAGUGUCAAGUGUGAAGAAAACAAAAACGAGAGAAGCACAUACUAAGGUCCAUAUAAAUAAUAAAUAUAAUAAAUAAUUGUGUGUGAUAACAACAUUAAGAAAACAAAACGAAGGCGAAGUGGAGAAAAUGAUACAGCAUCCAGAGUACGACCAGUUAUUCAGCUAUCCAGAGCAAGUGUAGUGUGUGGCAGCUUAGAAACAAACAAAGGCACCAAAAUCUGCAUACAUGGGCUAAUUAAGGCUGCCCAGCGAAUUUACAUUUGUGUGGUGCCAAUCCAGAGUGAAUCCGAAACAAACUCCAUCUAGAUCGCCAACCAGCAUCACGCUCGCAAACGCCCCCAGAAUGUACAAAAUGUUUAGGAAACAUUUUCGGCGAAAACCAACAUCGUCGUCGUCGGCGGAAUCAACAAUAGAAUCACCAGACAGCCUGGGAAUGUCCAAGAAGACGGCGACAAAAAGGCAGCGUCCGAGGCAUCGGGAACCCAAAAUCGCGACCCUGCCAUCGACGGUCCGCGAUUGUCGAUCAUUAAAGUCUGCCUGCAACUUAAUUGCUUUAAUUUUAAUACUGUUAGUCCAUAAGAUAUCCGCAGCUGGUAACUUCGAGCUGGAAAUAUUAGAAAUCUCAAAUACCAACAGCCAUCUACUCAACGGCUAUUGCUGCGGCAUGCCAGCGGAACUUAGGGCCACCAAGACGAUAGGCUGCUCGCCAUGCACGACAGCAUUCCGGCUGUGCCUGAAGGAGUACCAGACCACGGAGCAGGGUGCCAGCAUAUCCACGGGCUGUUCGUUUGGCAACGCCACCACCAAGAUACUGGGUGGAUCCAGCUUCGUGCUCAGCGAUCCGGGUGUGGGAGCCAUUGUGCUGCCCUUUACGUUUCGGUGGACGAAGUCGUUUACGCUGAUACUGCAGGCGUUGGAUAUGUACAACACAUCCUAUCCAGAUGCGGAGAGGUUAAUUGAGGAAACAUCAUACUCGGGCGUGAUACUGCCGUCGCCGGAGUGGAAGACGCUGGACCACAUCGGGCGGAACGCGCGGAUCACCUACCGUGUCCGGGUGCAAUGCGCCGUUACCUACUACAACACGACCUGCACGACCUUCUGCCGUCCGCGGGACGACCAGUUCGGUCACUAUGCCUGCGGCUCCGAGGGUCAGAAGCUCUGCCUGAAUGGCUGGCAGGGCGUCAACUGCGAGGAGGCCAUCUGCAAGGCGGGCUGCGACCCCGUCCACGGCAAGUGCGAUCGUCCGGGCGAAUGCGAAUGCAGACCCGGCUGGCGGGGUCCACUGUGCAACGAGUGCAUGGUCUAUCCCGGCUGCAAACAUGGUUCCUGCAACGGCAGCGCCUGGAAAUGCGUGUGCGACACCAACUGGGGUGGCAUAUUGUGCGACCAAGAUUUAAAUUUCUGCGGCACCCAUGAACCCUGCAAGCACGGCGGCACCUGCGAGAAUACCGCUCCGGACAAGUACCGCUGCACAUGCGCCGAGGGCCUCUCGGGCGAGCAGUGCGAGAUCGUGGAGCACCCAUGUGCCACCAGGCCGUGCCGCAACGGCGGCACAUGCACGCUGAAGCCGAGUAACCGAACUCAAGCCCAAGUGUAUCGCACAUCACAUGGCAGGAGCAACAUGGGCAGGCCGGUAAGACGCAGCAGCUCGAUGCGCAGCCUGGAUCACCUGCGGCCGGAGGGGCAGGCGCUGAAUGGCAGCAGCUCCUCGGGAUUGGUGUCCCUAGGUUCCCUGCAGCUGCAGCAGCAACUGGCCCCCGACUUCACUUGCGACUGCGCAGCCGGAUGGACGGGACCGACAUGCGAAAUAAAUAUCGAUGAGUGCGCCGGGGGUCCCUGCGAGCAUGGUGGCACUUGCAUCGAUCUAAUCGGUGGCUUUCGAUGCGAGUGUCCGCCGGAGUGGCACGGCGAUGUCUGCCAGGUGGAUGUGAACGAGUGCGAGGCGCCGCAUUCCGCCGGAAUCGCUGCGAACGCUUUGCUGACCACCACAGCCACUGCGAUCAUUGGGAGUAAUCUGAGCAGCACCGCCCUUCUGGCCGCUCUGACCAGUGCGGUGGCAUCCACAUCCAUGGCCAUCGGACCGUGCAUCAAUGCCAAGGAGUGCCGCAAUCAGCCGGGUUCCUUUGCCUGCAUUUGCAAGGAGGGCUGGGGCGGAGUCACCUGUGCCGAAAACCUGGAUGACUGUGUGGGUCAGUGCCGCAAUGGAGCCACCUGCAUCGAUCUGGUCAACGACUAUAGGUGCGCCUGUGCCGCAGGAUUCACGGGUCGCGAUUGCGAGACGGACAUCGACGAGUGUGCCACUUCACCGUGCCGAAAUGGUGGUGAGUGUGUGGACAUGGUGGGCAAAUUCAAUUGCAUUUGUCCACUGGGUUACUCGGGAUCUCUGUGCGAGGAGGCCAAGGAGAACUGCACACCAUCGCCAUGUCUAGAGGGCCACUGCCUCAACACGCCCGAAGGAUACUACUGCCACUGUCCUCCGGAUCGCGCCGGAAAGCAUUGCGAGCAACUGCGUCCGCUUUGCUCCCAACCGCCCUGCAACGAGGGCUGCUUCGCCAAUGUCAGCCUAGCGACGUCAGCGACAACGACGACGACAAGCACCACAUCGGCGACAACGACGAGGAAGAUGGCCAAGCCAAGCGGAUUGCCCUGCAGCGGACACGGCAGCUGCGAGAUGAGCGACGUGGGCACCUUCUGCAAAUGCCAUGUGGGCCACACCGGCACCUUCUGCGAGCACAAUCUCAACGAAUGCUCGCCGAAUCCUUGUCGAAAUGGGGGAAUUUGCCUUGACGGCGACGGCGACUUUACAUGCGAAUGCAUGUCGGGCUGGACAGGUAAACGCUGUUCGGAGCGGGCUACAGGUUGCUAUGCCGGUCAGUGCCAGAAUGGCGGCACCUGCAUGCCUGGAGCCCCGGACAAGGCUCUGCAGCCGCAUUGCCGUUGUACGCCAGGUUGGACUGGUCUGUUUUGCGCCGAGGCCAUUGACCAGUGCCGCGGCCAGCCGUGUCACAAUGGCGGCACUUGCGAGUCAGGAGCGGGCUGGUUCCGCUGCGUCUGCGCUCAAGGAUUCUCCGGUCCUGACUGCCGCAUCAAUGUGAACGAGUGCUCGCCACAGCCCUGCCAAGGCGGUGCCACCUGCAUCGACGGAAUCGGGGGAUACAGCUGCAUCUGCCCACCAGGACGCCAUGGAUUGCGGUGUGAAAUUUUGCUCUCCGAUCCCAAGUCCGCCUGUCAAAACGCGAGCAACACCAUCUCCCCUUACACUGCUCUGAACCAAAGCCAAAAUUGGCUGGAUAUUGCUCUAACCGGAAGAAGUGAGGACGAUGAGAACUGCAAUGCGUGUGUCUGCGAAAACGGCACCUCUCGCUGCACAAAUCUCUGGUGUGGAUUGCCCAACUGCUAUAAGCUGGAUCCGCUCUCCAAGUCCUCGAAUCUGUCCGGCGUUUGCAAACAGCACGAGGUGUGUGUUCCGGCACUGAGUGAGACCUGCCUCUCAUCGCCUUGCACUGUUCGAGGGGAUUGUCGAGCCCUGGAACCAUCGCGACGGGUAGCUCCACCCCGGCUGCCAGCCAAAUCCAGCUGCUGGCCCAAUCAGGCCGUGGUCAACGAGAACUGCGCCCGUCUCACCAUCCUCUUGGCCCUGGAGCGCGUGGGCAAGGGAGCUUCGGUGGAGGGGCUCUGCUCCCUGGUGAGGGUGCUGCUGGCUGCCAAGCUGAUUAAGAAGCCGGCGAGUACACUUGGUCAGGAUCCGGGAAUGCUCAUGGUGCUCUGCGAUCUCAAAACGGGCACCAAUGACACUGUUGAACUAACUGUGUCCUCCAGCAAAAUAAAUGAUCAGCAGCUGUCAGUGGCGGUGGGUCUGCUGGGUGAACUCCUCAGCUCCAGGCAGUUGAAUGGCGUUCAGCAUCGCAAGGAACUGGAGUUGCAGCAUGCAAAAUUAGCUGCCCUCACCUCCAUUGUGGAGGUCAAGCUGGAAACGGCCCGAGUGGCCGAUGGCUCGGGUCACAGUCUGCUGAUAGGAGUGCUAUGCGGUGUCUUUAUAGUCCUGGUGGGAUUCUCGGUUUUCAUCAGUCUUUACUGGAAGCAGCGUCUCGCUUAUCGCACCAGUUCAGGAAUGAACUUAACUCCCUCUCUGGAUGCACUGCGUCACGAGGAGGAGAAGUCGAAUAAUCUACAGAACGAGGAGAAUCUGCGAAGGUAUACGAAUCCGCUUAAGGGCAGCACCAGCUCCCUGCGAGCGGCCACCGGAAUGGAACUAAGCCUCAAUCCCGCUCCGGAACUAGCCGCCUCGGCGGCGAGUAGUUCCGCUUUGCACAGAUCGCAGCCACUGUUCCCGCCAUGCGAUUUCGAGCGUGAGCUGGACUCCAGUACGGGUUUGAAGCAGGCGCACAAGCGGAGCUCCCAAAUACUGCUGCACAAAACCCAGAACUCGGACAUGCGGAAGAACACGGUGGGCUCGCUAGACAGUCCGCGGAAGGACUUUGGCAAGCGGUCGAUCAAUUGCAAGUCCAUGCCGCCCUCCUCGGGCGACGAGGGCUCCGAUGUCCUUGCCACCACUGUGAUGGUUUAGCCGUGAUCUCACCAACCAACCAAUCAAGAAACCAAGCAGCCGCCCACAGCCAGCUCAAAGUUCCAAUUGCCACAGCACGGGCGCUUUUUCCAAGUGCAUUAGUAGCGUAAUUAAAACUAGGACAUAGAUUAGGAUUACGAGGUACUCCACAAAGGAGUGGCUCUGUUGAAAACGUAGCUUUUCUAAAUCCAGGUCGUUUAUGGUAAGAUGAGGUACACAAAUAAAUAAGCGUGUUAAUCAAGCUUUUCGAGGCCACAGGUUGGGCCAAUGUAUUUGUAUACCUGAUCUUAUCUUAAUACUAACCAGUUUAAUGGCUUGCUCUUUAAUCUCUAACUUAAAGUUCUCUAUAGGAAUAACUCUUUUUUUUUUGUGGAUCAAGUUAAAAAGUUCAGUUAGACGGGCGUUUUCCACAGUGUCAUGUCGAUGUGGACACCCAUGGAUAUAUAAGUUAGAUAGUGUAAUUCCGAACUCUUCUCUUCGCUAAGCAACAUCCUACACAGUGUGAUAUUUAGUGUAACCCAGGCGCGCAUUUACGUUCAUUUAAAGGUAAUGAUAUAUAUAAAGGAAAUCAACUUCUUGGCUAGCACAAGCUGUAUGUAUAUAGUUCUCGUUUAGGAUCGUCGCGCUCUAUAUUGUGUAUAAGCUGUAAAUACUGUAAAUUAGCAGUUACCGUUAUUGUAUUUUGUCUAUAGAUAGAUUCGUAGCAUUAAACUAAGACCCAGCCGCAACGCGUUAGACUUUAAAAGUUGUUUGCAAUUGUACGCAAUAAUAUAGUUUUAUGCUCGUAGUUAGGUAGCUGUGUAACCGGGUAAGAUUCAAACGAUUUUGUACUGUAUUAUACCUAUCUGUGUAGUAAUAUUUAUUUAUUAUAUUAAUUUUGAUCUAGACGCAAUAAAGGAAUAUCAAUAAAGAUAGUAAAAGACAUAA